UUCCAACGAUUUUCGUCUCAAUCAUGAGUUUGAGCAUUGGAAACAAUUGAAGAAGAUCGAUCAUUGUUGUAUUUUUCUGUCGCAUAGUUUACUUCACAGCUUACGAUAUGUCUAGUGAAUUUGAACCAGAAACCGUAUAUGACAUGGUUGUAGUACACCGAGAAAAUGAUGUUCGUGUAGUAACACUGCAGUUAUUUCAGCUAUACACUCUACGUAAACUUGGUCCCCCUUUCAAACCAGUCAUACCCGUUGGUCCCCACCUCUUCGGAAGUGGCAAGACAAAAUUCAUACAAAGUUAUUUGGAACUGUUGAGUAACGUGGGUGAAAGUGCACUGAUAGGUCUCAAUGACGUUGGUGAGUCUGAGAAGUCCAACCGAAGAGGUUUUUUGAAGAAGCCUGAAAAUACUUCGUUACUGUUCAUUGAUCCAAGGAAGUUGGAGCCCAUUCGACCCAUCGAGGAAAAAAGAAACCUUGAGUGGGCUUUGUACUUUUUAUUCUACCGAUCAGCUUGUGAUCAGACGGGUCUACCGUUUAUGAAGCCUGAUGAUGAAGCCUACGGACACAUUCCUCCCUAUCCAAAACUUUCGGUGGUUCUAGAGCUACGAAAGACUUUAAGCAUUCCCUUUGAUCAAUAUCUUCUCGUAGUGUUUGAUGAAAGUUCAGCAAAAAACGGAAAAAGAAAAAUGUCGAGUGAUAGAUGUUAAAUCCAAAGCUUGGUAUAUGCAUGGACCGAUCACUAUCUAACAUAGGCGGAGUCAUUCGAGAAUACUACAUUGGCAUUGGAGAUCAUGUAUCAAUAAAGGAAUCAAAUAAAACUCUCGGUGCGUUGUGGAAAAAGAAAGAAAAAUCCACGAGAGCUAUCGUUGUAUUCAUAUAGAAAACCAAUGUAUGUUUUUUUGGAAGAAUUAUUGGGAAAAAACAUGGAGGAAAAAUUGUUGCUGUAAUGAAUAUGAAGCUGUGGAGCUGUCUCGUGGUGAAACAAUACGUUCCUUCAGAAUAAAUCAUUGCAUGGAACUUUGAAAAUGAUAGGUAAUCUUUCGUAAUCAAGAUUUGUUUAGCAUGAAGCUUUUUUUGAAUUUUUGAAUUUUCUUGAGUACCUACACUAACAAAAUUCAUUUGAAACUGAUCUAUUCGAAAUAGACUGAAGUAGCUAGUUACUGUUGGAAAUCGAAUCUGUAUACAGCAUUUUUGUUAUUGUAGAAGGAAAAGUUCGGGUACCUUGCGUCUGUUGAAAAGUACCAGUGGAAUCGAGUUAAGAAAUCCCAAGCUGGCACUGUUUGGAUGCGAAGUAUUGCUCCAACCUCACUUGUAGUAGAAUUCAUCCGUCCUUUACUUUUUUUAAUACAGAAAUACGUAUUGUGCGUAUUGGAUUGUU